AUGGAGCAGAUAGUACUCCCUCAUGAAGUUUGGUUUGGAACUAAAGACGCCCCAAAUUCAGAAUGCAAGCAACAAGCAUUUUAUAGUACUGAAUGUACACCGCCCAAAAACUACUGCUAUGAAAAGUUAUUAGAGCGACUUGAUACUAUUCUUGACGAGGUUGGAAAAUCUAAAUAUAAAGAUGAUUUAUUAAUUUGUGUAGGCGAUUUUAAUGCACACGUCCAACCAUGGGUGAACACCGAAGUCAUUUCAACAAAAGAGCGUAUUUUAUUAAAUAAUUUUCUUGAGUCUAUGAAUUUAUCUCAACUUGACUUCGGUGUAACUCGCGAUGCAUCAAAAACAUGUCUCCAUUUAGUAAUAACUUUCAAUUCAUUAACACAUUCAGAACAGAUAUUAGAUUAUUUCGAUAUAAAUACUCUCAAGGAGCAGCAAGAUAAAGAUCCAGUAAUACAAGUAAAAGUUGAGGAAGUUAUAGUGGGCGGAAAAACAAAUUUGGCAUUAAUCUAUUUACCACAAUCAAUGACACCAUCUGCCUUGAAAUCUUACCACGACCAUCCAACUGCAGCACAACGAACAUUAUGUUCAAUUAUGCCAACUGUGCAAACAACACAAUUACAGCCGGCACAAGAAGCCUGA